GAAAUAAUCACAUUUAUUAUAGCAGCUGGAUAUAACUUUAAUUAUAAGAUUUGAUAAAGAAGAUAUUUUAAGACUGUUUAAUAAAGUGUCACUGUGAAUGAAGGUUAAAUUGUUUUUUAAAUAAUUAUAAUGAGAUCAUUUAUCCCCCCCUGAGUUAAAGGCGUUUUGGUACAGUCCGAUGUUGAGCUGCGCGGGACGGGAGAAGGCGCGUGCUGCUUCCUGAGUCUGUGCUGCUGUAAUUAAACGCAGGUUUUUUUCCCCCAGCGUCCUUCACCAUGGCUCGAGAUUAUAAAGCCGGAGACCUGAUCUUCGCUAAGAUGAAGGGUUAUCCUCACUGGCCUGCACGGAUUGACGAAGUGCCGGACGGAGCGGUGAAGCCCCCCAACGCUAAAUUCCCCAUCUUCUUCUUCGGAACUCAUGAAACUGCGUUCCUCGGCCCUAAAGAUAUUUUCCCGUAUUUACCCAACAAAGAAAAAUACGGAAAACCCAACAAGAGGAAGGGCUUCAAUGAGGGAUUAUGGGAAAUCGAGAACAACCCUACAGUGGAGCUGAAUGGACAGAAGGUGAUGGCGAUGGAAGCGGUUUCGGAUAAAGAGUCGGACGGCAGCCCCGAGGAGGACGACGAGGGAAAUGAGAAAAGUCAGGAGAAGAAGAAGAAGUCCAGUAAAGUGGCUGGAGAUGAGGAGGAGGAGGAGGAGGUGGAGGAGGAGGAAGGUGAUGGCAUGGAGGUGUCUCUAGUGGAGGAAGACUCACCACCAAAAGACUCAGCAGAUGCUGCGAAAGCUAAAAGAGUCUGGAAGAAGAAGGCUGAAGCCGAGCAGGACUCGGAGGAAGAGGGCGGAGCUACGAGCCACACGUCCAGCCCCAUGACCGCAGAGACACCAACUCCAAGACGGAGAGGCAGGAAACCCAACGCAGAAAAACUGCUUCUGCUGCAGCAACAGGCCUCACAUGGAGAUGUUGGUGGAGAUGUAGAGAAAAAGCGUAAGAGAGCAGCGGACGAUAAGAGCAGAGCCUCAGAUGGAGAGGAGGAGCGACGAGUAGAGGGGAAGAAGAAAAAAGAAAAAGAUGAGAGUAAAGGAGGAAAGAAAGAGCCAGAGGCCAAGAAGAAGCGCAGUGCCAAAGAGGAGAGCUCAUCUGAGUCUGACGAGGACGGGAAGCGAAACCGUAAGCGAGCAAAGCAAACAGCUGACGCGGAAAAAGACGGACGACGUAAACCAGAGGAAAUAAACGAGUUGGGAAAAGAGGAGGGGAAGAAAGAUGAAAGGAAAGGAGAGAAAAAAAAGGAUGUGUCGACGGAGUCGCGGCUGCAGAGAUUACACGGCGAGAUCAAAAUCUCACUGAAGAUCAACAACCCUGAUGUGAAGAAGUGUCUGGUGGCUCUGGAUGAACUGAGCUCACUACAGCUCACCACUCAGCACCUGCAGAAACACUGCGAGCUCAUCGCCACGCUCAAGAAGAUCCGCAGGUUCAAGGCGAGUCAGGACGUGAUGGACAAAGCCACCAUGCUGUAUAAUAAAUAUAAGACUAUGUUCCUGGUGGGUGAAGGAGAGACGCUGAUCAGUCAGGUGAUCAAUAAAUCUCUGGCUGAGCAGCGGCAGUUCGAGGACGCCAAGAAGGGGGCGCUAAAGAGAGCCGAGCAGAGCAAAGAACCCGGUGCAGAUAACAGAGCUGUGAACGGAGACUCGAGCCCUGAAAAUAAAACCACUGAGACUGAGAGGGAAAGGACCGAGGAAACUGCAGCAGCAGAGCAGAACAGUGUGACGAAUCCAGCAGAAGAAUCGGCCUGAUGAUGAUGAUGAUGAUGCACCACUGGGGUGUGUGUGUGCGCAAGUGCGCGAGUGCGUGUGUGCGCGAGUGCGUGUGUGCGCGAGUGCGUGUGUGCGCGAGUGCGUGUGUGUGUGUGUGCGCGAGUGCGUGUGUGUGUGUGUGCGCGAGUGCGUGUGUGUGUGUGUGCGCGAGUGCGUGUGUGUGUGCGCAAGUGCGCGUGUGUGUAUGUGUGUGCGUGUGUGUGUUUACACUUUACAGUUUCGUCCUCGUCAGGACUCAAGACUCUUCCCUUGUUUUAGUGAUUCCUGUCAGAAUUCCCGAUUUUUGCAGAGCAUUUACGUUCGGAAGUUUUUAGUCCUAGUUUUAGCUCCGCCUCCUGAUCCAAAGCGUUUCAGCGUUUCUUUAACUGUCUCAUAGAGGAAAUUUACAAUUAUCCUCGCUCUGAUUUGACUGAUUUGUUCUUUUUGUUUGUUUGUUUGUUUUUUUUUAAAUGAGCAUCUCCGGAAUUUCUCUUAGCUGCUAUAGGAACAGUACAUUCUUUCUCUCACACACACACACACACACACACACACACACAGGAGUGGAGAAUCCCUGUGGUUUACAGCGUUCCUCAGCCUCUUCCUGCUUUAACCUGUCUGGAUCACGGAGUGUUAGCGAGCGAGAGAUUAGCAGCCGUUAGCUAGUGCAGUUUUACUUUCUGUGUGUGUGUGUGUGUGUGUGUGUGUGUCCUUUCUGUAUGAACAUAGAGGUUUAUUUUUUUAUACAGAACAACUACUUUUUUCUUUCUCUUGUCCGUCUGCGUGUUUUAAAGCCUCUCGUGGCGUUAGUGUAAAUAAGAGUACUGUAUUUUUGUGUCUGUUCUAAAAACUAAAACUUUAAGGCCUUUAAUAAAGUAGUGCUUGCUUCA